AAAAAAUAUUACAAAAGGAGUUAUUUUGUCUCCACAUUAAUUAUAUAAAUAUUUCUAAAUAGAAAUGCAUUUCUACGAACAGGCAGGUGACAUCCUUCGGCGACUGGGGCGGCAUGAGGGAUCGAUAAAGAGCCAGACAGUCGGCAAUCGGUACCUGGAGGCCGAUGACAAGCGUAGAAUGUACGCAUUGAUCUGCGAGACGCUCAAGUACGCAACGGCACUGAGCGUGGCAGUCGAGCGCAGUGGCAUUAUGAAGGAGAAGGCUUUGAGCAAAGUGACCGAGCAAAUGGCCCUGGUCAUGGCGCAUGACUUGCUGAUCUCGCGCGGCGGCUUGCAGCACCGCGGCGCAGAUGCAAAGCUUAACCUGGCGGUCCGCAAACGCAAAGAGGCUUUGGACAAGGAGUUCAAGAAUUAUAUGGUUGAGACAGGCGCUCAGAGCAUUGAGGAUCUGAUUCCGCUGGCUCUGCGCGACACUGCGACAGCGACGUUCCGGUACGUGCGUGUCAACCUGAUUGCCACCACGGUGGACGCAGUUAUUGAGGUGUUUAUCCGUGAUGGAUUCAAGCUUGUCGAGGAUGUGAAGAUGCUGAACGUGAAUGCGCAUCGGUUUAUGCGCGACGGUGACCUGUCUGAUGUGCUGGUGUUUCCUCCUGGGACCGUCCUGCACUUACACCCGCUGUAUGUUGACGGCUCCGUGGUUCUGCAGGACAAGGCGUCGUGCAUGCCGGCGCACGUUGUGCAGCCGCAGCCCGGCUCCGAGGCCCUGGACGCCUGCGCGGCACCAGGCAACAAGACCAGUCAUAUGGUCAGCCUGAUGGCCAACAAGGGCCGCGUGCACGCCUUUGACAUGGACUCGCGGCGGAUGCAGACUCUUGUGGAGCUCACAACCAAGGCGCGGUGCCGCAUUAUCGAGACACAGUGCAUGAGCUUCCUUGACGUCGAUCCGCUCAAUCCGAAGUAUGCCCAGGUGGAGUAUGCGCUGCUGGAUCCAUCGUGCUCCGGGUCUGGUAUUGUCAACCGCAUGGACGCCCUCGUUGAUUCCUAUGCCUCAGGCGGUCGCCCGCAGGAGCCGCAGGGUGGACGGUUGGCCGGACUGGCCGAGUUCCAGAUUUCCAUUAUUAUGCAUGCCAUGCGGUUCCCUGCCGUCAAGCGCAUUUCGUACUCGACGUGCUCCGUGCAUGUCGAGGAGAACGAGGCCGUUGUGGCCGCCGUGCUUGCUGCGCAGGACGAGUUUGGCCUGGCACCGGCCGAGCAGGUCAUCCCCACAUGGAAGCGCCGCGGUGUGGCCGAGGGAGGCCUGACCCCUGAGCAGGCCGCCUGCGUUGUGCGUACACUGCCCGAAGACGGUACCAACGGUUUCUUUGUUGCUGGAUUUGUGCGCCAGAAGCCCGCCGACGUGGAGGCCACCCGCCUUCAUCUCCAGACCAUCUGGGCCGGUCGUCCAGCACCACAGGCUGCCAGUGACCCCACGCAGAACCAGCACCAGCAGACGAACCAGAAGAAGCGCGAGCUUAACAAGCCUGCUGAUGGAAAGCCUGCUGGGCCCAUGAAGAAGAAGCCCAAGCCCACUGUCGAUACGCGCAAGCAAACCAGCUCGCUGAACGGCCAGCGUGCGCGGUCGGCUGUCACUGCCAAUACCCCCCUGCUGCGGGUACAGGCGGCGGGUCUAAGGGCAAGAAGCGGUCCAAGAGACGGGUCACAUCGGCGGUCACCCAGUGAGAUAUAUUUUUGAAAUUAUCUUUUAAGGUGAUCAAAUCUAAUCGAGAAGCUAAACACAUGCAAGGCUGUGCUUGGGCAGUUCAAAAUAAUAAAAGUAGCGUUAAAUAAUAUCGUUUGCUGUCGCUCCCUUUUCACC